AUGGCCUCGCCCGUGCCCGCUCCGUCGGCUACGGCGGGGACCACUCCGGCGCCGCCUGUUGCUUCCAGUGCUGAAGGCGGGCAUAGACAACAGGCUCCACCGGCAGGGACGGGCACACCUGCACGUGCCAAGCCGCCGGCGCAGAACGCCGGCCAGACGGUGACAGACGCUGCGGGCAGCGGGCUUAGUCAAGGUGCGCCUGCGGGCGAGCAUGCGCCGCCGCCGUAUGAGGCGGCAGAGAGUCCCGCGGUGACGGCUGGCGAUGGCGACGGUGGUAUUGACAAUGGCGACGACGACGACAAGGUCGGCGACAGCGUGGCGGAGUCGGGCCCGUCGUUUGCGGUUGGCUCGAUUGUGGCCGGGCGGUUCCAGCGGUACGACGACGUGCUCGGGCAGGGCGCGUUCAAGACGGUCUACCGUGGCUUUGACACCGAGGAAGGGCUCGAGGUGGCGUGGAACGUGGUCAACACCCAGUCGUUUACCGAGGAGGAGACGAUUGCCAUUCUCGGCGAGAUCGACCUGCUAGGGCGAAUGGAGCACUCGUCAAUCAUUGACCUGUACGGGUUCUGGCACGACGCCGAGAACGCGUGCGUCGUGUUCAUCACUGAGAAAAUGUCCGGCUCGCUGGCAGAGUACGUCCGCAGGCGCAAGCCGUCGCGCAAGGCCAUCAAACGGUGGGCCCGGCAGAUUCUCGAAGGACUCAUCUACCUCCACACCCAGCUUCCGCCCAUCAUCCACCGCGACCUCAAGUGCGACAACAUCUUUGUCAACUCGCACCUCGGCAACGUCAAGCUCGGCGACCUCGGCCUCGCCACCGCCAUGACCGCGUCCGACCAGGACCAGGGCAUGAUCGGCACGCCGGGCUACAUGGCGCCCGAGGUGUUCAACCAAAAGUACACUGAGAAGAUGGACGUCUACUCAUUCGGCAUGUCUGUCCUUGAGAUGGCGACCCAGCAGGUUCCCUACCGCGAGGCGUCAUCGCUGAUGGCGCUAUGGAAGAAGCAAGACGAUGGCGAGGCGCCCGAGUCGCUUGCGCUUGUCGACGACGACGAGCUCCGCGACUUUAUCGCUAUCUGCCUCGCCGACGCUGCCCACCGCCCGUCGGCAGCUGAACUGAUGCAGGCGCCCUUCCUUGCUGUCCACUCGUACGACCGGGUCAACAUCUACGCCUACUCGCCGCAGGUCAUGGUCCUGGUCAAGUGUGAAGACGGCUCGGUGCCCGAGACCGAGCCCACCAUCCUCCGCCUCCGUGAGCACGAGUCGUCAGCCGCCAUCGAGGCCAUGCGCGAGCGCGCGUCGGCCCGCUACGCCGCCGAGGCUGCACUGGAGGCCGAGGCCGCGGCUGCCGCUGCCGCCGCUGCUGCUGCCGCUGCUGCACAAGAGGCCAAGGAGCAGAUGCUGCAAAACAUUGCCGAAGAGCGCCGUGCGCUCGAGGAAAAGCUGCGCGCGCUCUCGGAGCGCCAGCGCGCCAUCAACGACGAGGCGCCGGCCCAACCGGCCCUGGCCACCCCAACCCCGGACGCAACCCCCGCCACUGUUGACGGCGGCGCGCACGAGCCAGCGUCUGAGCAGCAGCCGACAUCUGCUGCCGACGCCCGGCAAAGCCCUCCGCCGCAGCCUGUUGCGCCGCUACCGCUCGGUGAGCCAACGCCCACCAACCCGCCCCCGUAUCAGACUGGCAUCAGCGGCGGCGGCGGCGCCGGAAGCAACGGGUCGGUUCCGCCGCUCGCGCUGAACGCGCUCAGGACGCCGUCGUCGCCGGUCGCCUCUGCAGGCGCUGCCACGCCGGGCUCUCCUGAGCUGAACUUUGCUCCCCUACCGGCGACCGGCUCGCCUCCGCGAGCCAGCCCGCUUGACUCGCCGGUUGCAAAGGCCAUGCCCGCAGUUGCGAUCGAUUCGCGGCUGAAGGCUGGCCGGGACUCGAUUGAUUCUGGUUCGUACAUGAUCUCCCCGCGCCGGGUUCUCGAGUGGUCGGCCGAGACGCUGCCACAAGUCGUGCUCCGCAACGUUGACGCGGGGCAGACAAUGGCCGAGUUUAAGGUAUCAUUCUUUGUUUCUGGCUCCCGCAAGUCUGUCAAGUUUAUGUUCGACCUCAAUCGCGAUACCGCGUUCAUGGUGGUCGAGGAGCUGAAGCAAGAGUACGCACUCCAGCCUGCCCACGCUAGCCACAUCCGUGACGCCAUGGAGCGUCACCUCGCACAGGUCAAGCUCGGCUCGCAUCCGAUUCUCACGCAGCUCGCACCCGAGCCGAGCGCCCCGCCCGGUACUGUGGCCGGCGCAAUGGUCCCGCGCCCCGUCACGCCCGAAAUUGAGUACUCAGACGCGACGCCGUCAAAGCCCGAGCCAGUGCCGGUGUCUGGCCCGCCUACCCGCGCGCGUGCCAACUCGCACGAGCCGUCGCCGCCGCACUACGCGCCAUCGCACGCCGCGGCGUCCAUCCCCAUUCCCACCGGCAGUGGCAGCGCCGCGAGCUCCAACGCGUCGCACUCGUCGCUCUCGGUCGCCUCCUCGCUCCCCACCGGGUGGCUUCCGACCGCCGCCGGCGCGCCGGGCACGGCUGGCUCCCACUUGCCUCCGGCAACAGCCGGCGAUGUGCAGCCGUAUGUCUCGCCGAUGUAUUCGAUGCCUCGGGGUGCCCACGCCCAGGUCGGCACCCUCUUGCCCGGCGCCCACUACGCGCCUCCGCCUGGUAGCAGUCUUGGUCCCAGCCACACUCAUGGCCGCGCCCAUACCCUCCAGCCGCUUGACAUCGGUGCCAUCCGCAAUGCCGCUGCCGUCGCCGCGCUCAACCCGGCCGCCGACAGCGGGCCGCACUCGGCCAACGCCGCCAUCACCGGCACCACCCAGUACUUUCCUCCCGCCCGCCACGGCUCGCACCCUGCCACUCCCUCUGCCUCGAGUGGUGGUGGCUCGUCUGUCGCUGCGCCCGGGACGGCUGCUGCUUUGCAAGCCCUCGACGCCCGGGCCCAGGCGCUCUGGUCGUCAUGGCAAGAUGCUGCUGCACCAGCUACGGCACCACCGACUGGGCCGCAGCCAGUUGAUGCCUUCUCGACUGCUGCUGCCCAUCCUGCUGCCUCCUCUCGCCUCCAUCCGGAGACUGCGCCCGCUCGCGAGCUCGACUCGGUCUCGGAAAGCGUUGACGGGCUGAUGGCCUCUCUGCGCGGGUAUGGCUCGUCUGCAGGCGGCCCGGACAGCUCGGCUCGCCACGGCGCGAACACUAAGGGUGAUGCGUCGCCACUGUAUGCAAAGUCGGUCGCCAUGCUUCGUGGGAUCACCCAGGCACAAGCGCAGGCGCAGGUGCAUGGCGGCGACGAGAGUGCUGCGCAUGUGGAGCAGGCGUCGCAGCUGGACGUGGAGAUUUCAAUGCUACGCGAGGAGAUGGAGUCUAUCGCAGAGCAGCUGACGACGAUGGAUGUGAGCCUGGCACCAGCGUCUCCGCCGCCACCGUCGUCGCCGAUGCUGCGCGAGUCAAUGCGGCGCCGGCCGCCUGCGCCUGCCAUUUCACCGCUGCGGAGCAGCCGCGUGCCGCAGCGGCGAUCGCCGUCACCGGCCCACUCUGAUGAUUCGCUGGACAUACCCGAGCCGCCACGGAUGCAGGGCAGCCGUGGAGGUCGGGCUCACCGGGCUCGACGGGUGGGCCACGGACGCGGCGGGAGCGAGACAAGCAGCGCGCGUGUGCGGCAGCGUGUGCGGCGGCGGUUGAAUACCGGAUCGGGCGACGAGGCGGAGCCCGCCGGCGCUGUGGGCAAGCUCGCGCGGGCAGAGCGCCGGAUCCGGCAGCUCGAGUCCGCGCGCAAGCGCGAGGCCUUUGAGAUGCAGCAGUUGCGGCGAGAAAACGAGCGGCUGGCCACCCGGAUCGAGCACCUGAGCGCCGACCUGGAAGCCGUGACUCGGCGCGAUUCGGAGACCCAGGCUGUGCGCACCUCACUGGCCAAGGCCGAGAAGGUUGUGUCCUCGCAACGUAACCUCAUCGCUACGCUCAAGGGUGAGAUUGCACAUCUCAAGCGGAGCAAGCGCUGA